AUUCUGCACACCCACAACGUCAAGGAUCCUGGAAACAGAGCGUUGCUCAACCCACCUAACCAAAAUAAAGCAAGUGUCCGCCAGCUCCUCAGACUGGGGACAAUAUCGUUGGUUGUCAUUUAGGCUUCUCUGGAUAAUUUAGGUUCAAAAGACGCAUUUGAGCAACUUUUGCAGAACAAAAAAAAAAACAACUGGAUGGCGAUCACCGUUGAUAAGCAAAUGAAUGAAUAGCAGAGCCAGCAUGGGCUGUGGAGGGAGCCGGACAGAUGCUCUUGAACCCAGAUACCUGGAGAGCUGGACCAAGGAGACCGAGUCCACCUGGCUAACCAGCACUGACACAGACAUCCCACUCUCCUCCAUUCAGAACAUCCCCUCUGAGAACUCCUCCGAGUCAGAGAAGAACACCAUAAAGUCUGUUGCUGAUUUCUUUGAUGACGGGCUCCCAGCUCCAGCCCAGGCCUAUUUGAAGGUGUGUUCUGCCAUCUCUGACCCUGUGUUAAAUGAGAUCAAACCAGCCAGCAGGAGCACAGCGUCUCAGAACAAACAGCAGACGGCCCUGCAGUCCUUGGGCACCACAGUGCAGAAGAGGAGCGUGCUCAGAACUGAGGAGACUAAAUGGCAAGCCAACAGAAUGUCAACCAAGCAGGUGACAAUCACAGUCACACAGAGCAUCCGCCAGAUAGACAAGACAGGGAAGAGCACAGAGAAAUCGAAUUGAUUGAACCUGGAGAGAAGGUGAAAGAGGAGGCAGGCGGCAACGUGCUUAAGUGAAAAUACUGAACCACAUUGGAUAAAGUGUGGGAAACAGAUUUGUAUUUUAAAACAUGACCUUCAUUUCAGCGUUUUAGAUACUUCACUGCCUGGGAUAAAGAUGUUCUAGAAGAGACAAGCUGGGCAGGAGGGGCUUUUUUUGUAUUGCUUAGAAAUCACAACGCAAGUCUCACUCAGCAUGUAAUAUAUUACCUGUGAUUGGUUAAACAGCAUCACAUGACUGCGUAUAUAUAGCGUAUACCAUGGCUUGCAUGCUAAUAAACCACUUCACACUGAGUAAAUCACUGUGCAUUAGUGCAUUCUAAAUUCCAUGACAAACUGCCAUUUUAUUUGUUAUUAGUUACAAAACUACUGCCAAAAAUGAGUGACAUUCCACCUAUUUCCUUUAAUAUAUUUGGGGAUGAAACUCCAGAUAACUGGUACAACACCAAGUUGCUGAGUGAAGACAGCAGUCUACUUGAAAAAGAAAUACAAAUAAAAUAAGUGCACCAGCAACUGUCAAGAGUAGACACAUAACAGUAGAUGAGGAACAGCUAAAUGAAACAAGAAAACUAAGAUUGAAAAAAAACUACAGCAUGGGCUGUUAAUGUACUUAAAGACUGGCUUAAAGAAAGAAAUAUGGACAUUCAUUUUAAGGAAAUAAGUAAAAAAAAACUCUCAAUAACAUAAGGGAAUUUUAUGCCAGUGCAAGAAGUUUAACUGGGGACCAGUAUUCAAUCUCCAGUUUUAUAACGAUGAGCUGGACUAAUUAGAUAUUUUAACAGUAGAAGUUUUAACGUCUCUGCUGAUAGCGAGUUUAAAACCAACAAGAACGUAUUCCUGUCAGUCAUGAAAACUUUUAGAAAAGCAGGUAAAGAUAAGGCUAGACACCAUCCCUCAGAUUACCGGCCUGGAUUUGAAGCAUCUGCAGGAAACUGAGGCACUGUCCCCUGACACCGCGGUCGGAUUGGUGUGUAAAGUCUGGUUUGAUAUUAAACUUAAUCUGGCACGACUUGGACAUGAGGAUGUCCAACAACUAACAAAAACAUCUUUUGAGAUCCGAAAGGAUGAAAACAGACUUGAAUAUGUGUGCCUAGCAUAUAACGAGGGCACAAACUCACCUGAAAAGACAGAUUCAGCAUCCAUGGCAACUGCUCCCCUUACCUCCUCGGUGUCAUUUGAAACUCUUCCCAUCAUCAGCAUGUGCUCAGUCCUCUAGUUUCUAGUGAGAUGCCACUUUCAAUGCAGAAAUUCACAAUAAAGACAUGUGCGAUUUAUUUUUAAUAAGCGAACAAUACAUUAAAUUUAAUUAAAUUUGCGACUAUAUUACACUAACAUUGUAUACACAAUAAAAGUUUCUGGUUUUGUCUUAAUUUAAAAUGUGUUUUAAUUAUUCAAAUUAUUUUUCAUCCUCCAAAUUACAGUUAGCCGUGUUAUAAGCGAUAUAAACCACUUCGGGCCGUGCGGUUCCGAUGAUAUAUACCGCUUCUGGGAUGGUUAAAGGCCCUUGGCUUACAUCUCGGACCUUAUCACCACCCCAGGCGUGGUAUAUAUCAUGGGAACCGCACGGCCCGUCGUGAUUUAUACCUAGGCUUGGCAGGAUUCGAUUUUUAUCGGUUAACAUUGAUAAAUGUCUAUUUCAACUCACACUCACAGACCGACGAAAAAAUAUUUCUAUCAUUAAUAAUCGAAAUUUAUAGAAAGGGGACGUAAGAAAAAUUAUGGUUGGGAACGUAUUAGAGUUCAUUAAUGUAUAUAAAAUGCAAUGAGUGGAGGAGGUAUGGUAUUUACAUCUCUGGCUAGAACAGACUGCUCCGGGGUGGAGCUGUGAAUAAUUUAUGCUGCACAUCAUUCAGGUGUACGGUACGGUGCGUUGGGGUUAAAGCUGAGAAAGAUCAUAUCAUACUCUAUAAUAUUAUAGUCUUACCGCACACCAUGCCAUGGGUUAUUUCUUACUCAAUGACCUCCAUUGAGAUAUUUAGGCACUCUCAGGUCAGGGUGGCUCAAAACAGGAAAAUACAUCACAGAAAUGGAGUAACUGAGAACCAAUACCGUAUACUUGAAUAAGAGAAAGAUCAAUUAUUAUUACCAUCUGUUACAUUCAAAUAUUAUAUUAGGGAUCUUUAUGGUAGUCAAGUUUGGAAAAAUGAAACCAGAUAUGUGUUUACUCAUAUUGAGAAUGCCAGUAGGAAUGCCACAGUUUAUGUGGUCAUUGUGGAGCUGUGAUGUUUAUGUCCUAGUAGUAAUAAUAAUAAUAAUAAUAAUCUGGUAAGUAGUUCAAAUAAAUCCUGAAUGUAUUCACAAUAUGAUUGCAUAAAUGUUUAGUUUUUACUACAGCAAUUACAUGGAGAUGUCCCGUUCUGGUUUUAAUUGGUGUAAUUCAAGUUGCAAUGUACUGCUAUUUGUAUUUCUAAAAAAAAUAAAUGGAAAC